AAAAAAUUUACCACAUACAAGUAAUUAGACAUGUUUUAAAUUACAAUUCUGCAGCCGAAUUAAGUAUAGUACAGGGUGCGCCAUCUUUUAUGUCGAAUAUGACUCCAAAUACGAGCUCUAGCGAGCCCAUUAAUCCCAAUCAGCAUCUUAACAUACCGGCAUGGGUAAACGAAGAUUACUUCCGGCCCAUAAUAGAAAAAGAUGAACCGAACUUCGUCAGUAUUAGGAACUUCACUCCAAUUGCCGCCACAUCGCCUGGAGACAACUACACUUCGACAAUGAUACGCGUGAUCGUUAGAAUAGAGCUGAAAGAUGGCAGUGAAAAAGAUACUUCAUACAUACUGAAGACCAUGUUGGAAUCAACUGAAACUGCGAGCUUUGUCAAUAGCAUGCAGCUGUUUCCCAAAGAGAAGCAAAUGUAUGAAGUUCACAUACCCAACUUUACCAAACUCUACAAUGAGGCUGGAGUCGAUAUUGAACUGGCACCGCGAUGUCUGCAUAUAGAAGAAACUCCGGAGUGCAUAACACUCGUCAUGGAGGAUCUGAAGCGCAGAAACUUCUCCAAUGCCGACCGGCUGAAGGGCCUCGACAUGGCGCACAUGUCUAGGGUUCUGCAGAAACUGGCUGAGCUGCAUGCUGCCUCGGCAGUGAACUAUGAGUUAAAUGGAAAAUAUGAAAAUAUGUACCUACUGAGCUUUUACACUGAGGAUAAUCGCAAAAUGUUUGAAGCGAUGGGCGAAGCGAGACAUGCACAAUACGCCAAAGCGAUGCGGCAGUGGGGCUUGCCGGAUGUUGAGACCCAUAUUAAUAUUACAAGUGAUGCGAAGUUUUUCGACGCAGCCGUCAAAUUGAAUGAGGUCAACGAAAACGAAUUUAAUGUGUUGAAUCACGGCGACUGUUGGGUCAACAACAUAAUGUUCAGCUACAAAGAUAAUGGCGAAAUCGAUAGAACGCUUUUCGUGGAUCUGCAGGUGGGAAAAUAUGGCACGCCUGCUCAAGAUCUAUGGUAUCUGAUAACCACAUCUGCUGCCCUGGACAUAAAAAUCACGCAAUUCGAUCACUUUGUCGCUAUAUAUCAUCAGCGAUUAAUUGAAUGCCUAAAGCUCCUGAAUUACCCAAAUAGUUUGCCAACUUUGCGAGAAAUGCACAUUAUGAUGAUAAAAUACGGAUUUUGGGGCCCGCUAACAUCAUUUGGUGUGUUAAUAGCCGUCCUGUUUCCCUCUGAUAAAGACUCUACCAUGGAAAAUAUGAUGGCACAAGGUCCUGAAGCCGAUGCAUUUCGCUAUAAAACAUUUAUAAAUCCAUACUAUGCGAAGGCUAUGGUACAACUUUUUCCAUUUUUUACAAAUAGGGGCUGCUUUGUCAUGGAUUAAAAUUGAAUAUUUUGAUUUUUAUGCUUUUUAGUACUUUUUAAAAAUAAUAAUAAAUGAAAACUGCUUUCAA